GUCAUUCUUUUUUGCUUAUUAUACGUAGUAUUAAUCGGAGGAGACACACCCGCCUGUUGUCCACUCCAAGGCCUUUCCCCACUGUUGGAUUAUUAAUCAGACGGUGGACGCGAAAGAGAAACCCCCUCACCACUUCCCCAGCCUCGCUAAAGCGCCCGCCGCUCCCUCCUCUCCUGCUCUGUUCUGCUCUGGGCUCCGGCCGCUUUCAUCGUCGUUGCCAGCGCCGCUGCCGCUCCGAUCGCUGCUCUUGCCCCGCCACAGCCCCCUCCGUCUCCAGAUUACCAUGGGUUCUGUUGGCACUGGAUUGCUGAAAGGCUUGAGGAGAGUCUUAGAGCAGCAAAGGAAAUCAGUUGAUUUAUGCAGAACAUCACGAGCUUGGAGUUCUACAGUUUCUUUCUCCGAUAUUGAUGAGAAGGAUGACAUGGGUGAUGAUGGCGAUUUGAAAGAUUCAAGGAGAGAGUUAGAACCCCAAAGCGUGGACCCCAAGAAGGGCUGGGGAUUCCGUGGCGUUCAUAGGGCUAUAAUAUGUGGUAAAGUUGGACAAGCGCCUGUGCAGAAAAUUUUACGUAAUGGGCGGACGAUAACUAUAUUUACUAUUGGAACUGGUGGCAUGUUUGACCAGAGGGUAAUUGGGUCUGCGGAUACACCAAAGCCGGCUCAGUGGCAUCGAAUAGCUGUUCAUAGCGAGCAUCUAGGUGCUUAUGCUGUUCAGAAGUUGGUGAAAAACUCUGCGGUAUAUGUCGAGGGUGAAAUCGAAACCAGGGUCUACAAUGACGGCGUUGAUGGUCAAGUCAGGAAUAUAUCGGAGAUCUGUAUUCGGGGUGAUGGUAAGAUUCGACUGGUUAAAUCUGGGGAGAGUGCUGCUAGCAUAUCACUAGAUGAGCUGAGAGACGGAUUGUUCUAGUAAAAGCUAUUGAUGUCAGCAUAAGCAGGUGGUGGCUCAUAACUAGUGGCGAGUUAAGUUGAGAAUAAGGGGAAGCUCUACCAAGCUGCUGCUGCUUUGUUGAAGCCUUGGAGGCUAAGAUGGAUACUCUGUCACAUCUCCGUCUUGCCAGAAGCAGUUAAAUUUAGCGGUGGAUGCACGUAAUGCCUUGACGCGCGGUCGCGUGUUUUACCACGUCGCAAACGGCGACCGAUGAACUGUUUUACGACAGUGGAUGGAUGAUAUGAUGUACCGAAUGAUUGUUCAAGGUAGACAUGGUAGAAGGGCGUGUAGCGCGGCACGGAAGGUCCCUGAGACUGAGAGUCAUGCACUAUUGUUCUCUUGUGAGUCAUCUUGUGUAGCCGGGAGGUAA